AUUCUAUGCAACUGUGAAGUGGUUCUGUUCUUCCUUGUUCCACAUGCAACAAUGGUGAAAUCCAAAUCCAAUUCCAAUUCCAAUAAGUCAAAGAAACCGGAGGACGUUGAGCUUAUCAAAUCCGACGUCGCCGCCUUCGCCUCCUUGAUCGGGCUUUCAAAUUCACAACCCGAUUCUGGUUUCAACGAUGUCGAUUUUCGCAGUGCGAAGCCAAACAAGCCCCCAAAGAAGCACCAAACACCUGAACAAGUUGUGCCCCAAAGUUCCCAGAAUCCAAAGAACAAGACUUUGGGCAAAAACAAUGGACCCCACGACAAGCGCAACCCCAAACCCGAACCGAAACCGAAACCCCCUGUGCUGUCACUGGAGAAUGAUUCCAACAAGGAAAAGGGGUUCAACAAGUUCAGGAACCUUCCCAAGCUUCCUUUGAUGAAGGCAAAUGGCUUGGGAGUGUGGUUUGAGGACAUGGCUGAGUUGGAAGGGAAGGUGGUGGGGGAAGGGAAGAAGGUGGAGGUAAAGAAUGUGGGAGAAUGGAAAGGGUUUGUGGAGAAGAAGAGGGAACUAGGGGAGAGGUUGAUGGCACAGUAUGCUCUUGAUUAUGAGUCAUCAAGGGGGCAGAGCAGUGAUAUUAAGAUGUUGGUUUCAACACAGAGGUCAGGAACUGCUGCUGAUAAAGUUUCUGCUUUUUCUGUGUUGGUGGGGGAUAAUCCAAUUGCUAACUUGCGUUCUCUUGAUGCUCUUUUGGGAAUGGUGACAUCCAAGGUUGGAAAGCGCCAUGCCUUGACAGGAUUUGAAGCACUGCAAGAAUUAUUUAUUGCAAGCUUAUUACCAGAUCGUAAAUUGAAGACCUUGAUACAGCGGCCCCUAAAUCAUAUUCCUGACACUAAAGAUGGUUACUCCCUUCUCCUUUUCUGGUAUUGGGAGGAAUGUUUGAAGCAGAGAUAUGAACGGUUUGUUGUUGCACUUGAAGAAGCAUCACGAGACAUGCUACCCGCUCUAAAAACCAAGGCAUUAAAGGCCAUAUAUGUGCUAUUGAGCCGGAAGUCAGAGCAAGAAUGCAGACUACUUUCCGCACUGGUUAAUAAACUUGGGGAUCCAGAUAAUAAGGCAGCAUCUAAUGCUGACUAUCACUUGUCCAACCUUUUGUCUGACCACCCAAACAUGAAGGCUGUGGUUAUUGACGAGGUGGAUUCUUUUCUAUUUCGGCCUCAUUUAGGACCACGUUCACAGUACCAUGCUAUUAACUUCUUAAGCCAAAUCCGUCACACAAAUAAAGGAGAAGGGCCAAAAGUGGCAAAACGUCUUAUAGAUGUAUAUUUUGCAUUGUUUAAGGUUUUAAUUACUGGUGCAAGCAGCAAUCAGAAGAAGUUUGAUAAAAGCGGCAAGGCAAACCCAAAAGAAGAAAAAUCAAAAGAGUUAUCAGAAUCACCUGUGGAAUUGGAUUCUCGGCUUCUAUCAGCUCUCUUAACUGGAGUGAAUAGAGCAUUUCCUUUUGUCUCAAGUAAUGAAGCUGAUGACAUUGUUGAUGUUCAAACACCAGUACUUUUCCAAUUGGUUCAUUCAAAGAAUUUUAAUGUAGGGGUUCAAGCACUGAUGCUUCUUGAUAAAAUUUCAUCCAAAAAUCAGAUAGCUAGUGAUCGGUAUUACCGUGCAUUGUACUCCAAACUUUUACUUCCGGCUGCCAUGAAUACUUCCAAGGCAGAAAUGUUUAUUGCACUUCUUCUGAGAGCAAUGAAAAGGGAUGUUAAUUUAAAGCGUGUGGCUGCAUUUUCCAAACGUCUAUUGCAGAUUGCACUACAGCAGCCACCACAAUAUGGAUGUGCAUGCCUAUUCCUUCUUUCUGAACUCCUUAAAGCCAGACCACCUUUAUGGAACGUGGUAUUGCAGAACGAGGCUGUUGACGAGGAACUUGAACACUUUGAAGAUGUUAUAGAAACUGACAAUGCACCUAGCACUGUAUCAAAUAAACAAAACAAUGAUGUUGAAGUUGUUCACAAUGGUGAGGAUGCCAAUGCUAACACCAGCUCUUCGGAAAGUGAAGAUGAUCUUCCUGCAUCUUCUGAAGAUGAUGAUGAUUCAGAUGAUGGUGCUUCAGAGGAUGGGUUUUUUUUGCUUGAAAAAAAUGAAACUGAUCAUAAGAAAUCAAAAUCUGUAUCUGAUAAUGAAGGCCAUCAGUCACAAUUAUCGGCCAAAAAGUCUACCCUGCCUGGAGGUUAUGAUCCACGACUCAGAGAGCCUUCUUACUGCAAUGCAGACCGUGUAAGUUGGUGGGAGUUAAUGGUGCUUGCCUCACAUGCACACCCUUCAGUUGCUACUAUGGCCAGAACUCUUCUUUCUGGGGCCAACAUUGUCUAUAAUGGAAAUCCUUUGAAUGACCUCUCUCUGACGGCUUUCCUAGACAAAUUCAUGGAGAAGAAACCAAAACAAAGCACAUGGCAUGGUGGUUCUCAGAUUGAACCUGCCAAGCAGAUGGAUGUUAACAACCAAUUGAUUGGGGCAGAAAUUCUUUCACUAGCCGAGGCAGAUGUACCUCCAGAGGACCUUGUAUUCCACAAGUUCUACACAAACAAAAUGAGUUCCACUUCUAAGCCAAAGAAAAAGAAAAAGAAGUCAGCUGAUGAAGAGGCAGCUGAGGAGUUGUUUGAUAUUGAUGAUGAUGGCGAGGUUGAUGGUGGUGAUGAGAGUGAUAAUGAAGAGAUUGAGAAUCUGUUGGAUUCUGCCGAUCCAUCUUUGGGGGCAGAUAGUGACUAUGAUUAUGAUGAUUUGGAUAAAGUAGCUGAUGAGGAAGAUGAGGACUUGAUUGGUGAUGAUUAUGAUGCAGAGAUAGAUAUACCCUCUGAUAUGGAAGAGGAUGAGGCUGAUGUUCCAAUUGAUGAUGAUGUUGUUGGAAGUGAUGACGAUGACAUUGAGGUUGGAGAUUUUGAUGAUGCCUCUGAUGGUGAUGUGGAGGAAGUUGUCAAAAGAAAACGAAAACAUAAAAGUGGUGGUAAGAGUGGUGUGUCUCCAUUUGCAAGCUAUGAAGAGUUUGAGCAUCUAAUGGAAGAUGAUGACCAUACUGAUAAAAAACCUACCAAAAAAAACAAGUCUGAUAAUGAACCUACCAAGAAAAACAAGUCUAAGAAAAGAAAAAAGUAAUCAGCUAAACUUCCCAAUAUAGAUACGGCUGUAGCCAGAUUCAGUGUUAGUAGGGCAUCAACUAAAUUUUGUUACCAGAUGUGAGAAAUUCAAAUGAGGCAAGUAUCGCCAUGUAAUUUGUAUCCUAUUAGUUUUAAUUGUUUCAUACUAGAUUUGUUUGUGGCUGUUUAACUUGAUGGCCCUGUAUUCAUCGGUAUUUCAAUUUGGCUGCAACAUUUGGGAAGUGUACUACAAAUUUUGUCAACCUAGAAUCAAAUUUUAAUGUUAGUGUUCAAAAAAUUGUUAUGCAGA